AUGACUGAAACAAAAACUGAUACCUUUAGAAGAUUUAUGUUUACAAUAUUUAAUAAUCUAGAAGAAUUUAAUGAAUUAAUUCAAGAAAUUUAUUCAGAAUCAAAAAUACAAAAAAUUAAAUAUCAAUUUGAAGCUAACUAUAAUAUUGAUGAACUUAAAGUUUUAAUUAAUGAAGGAAGAUAUGAUCCUAAUCGUGAUGUUAAGAUAAUUAACAAACAUAUACAAGGGUUUUGCAUAUUAACCAAACAAGAAAGAAUAGGAAGAUAUAUAAAAAAAAAUGAAAAAUAUAAAACUAAAAAAGGUGGUGAUAAAAUUGCACAAAAGGAAAGUGCUUCCGGGAUCAAAGGAUUAUUUAAAAAUAAUUUAAUACAUAUAGAUUAUAAUAAUGGAACAAUAGAAGAUGCUCUUAAUUAUACGGGAAAAGAAUUUAAUCGAUGCUUUUUACAUCAUAAUAGCAAGAAUACUCCUUGUAAAUGCAAUUUAUUUGAUCGUUAUGAUCAUUCAGCUUGUAACUAUUGUGAUGAAAAUUGUUGGCAAUAUCGAUUAUUUGCUCGAUGUAAUGAUAUAGAGAAUCCUGGUCCUUAUGAAUUUG